AUGUUUCAAAACUUUUUAAUUACCCACAAUCCCACUCUCCAGAGAUAACUACUGUUAACAUUUUGUAUUUUUUCAUUCUUAUCUUUUUUGCUUGUGCAUAUAUGGUCACUCGUCCUGUACCCCCGUAUUUACACACACAUUUUGCUAAAUUAGGCUCGUUUGUAUUUAAUUUCUGCUUUUUUUUAUUUUUAGUUAAGAUUAAUCCAUACCAUCAAAUAUUCUUUGCAGGCAUUUUAUAAGCUGCUGCAAUGUACACCAUUGAAUGUAUGUGCCUGUUGUAUAUAUUUUUUAAUUAAGAAACUGAAUCAGUGACAGUAUUACCCACGUACAUCCCUGCUACAAAGGGAGCUACUGGGUCGUGAACAUUCUUUAAGCUCUGGAUUCCUUGUUUCCCUCCACAAAGGUUACACCGAUUUACAGUACCACAGGCAAGGUGUGAGGGCUCCUCAUACCGAAAUCCAAGUAUUGUUUGUUUUUUCCUCAAAGGAUGGGGCUCAAAGCAAGACUAAGGGACCCGCGGUUUUGAACACAACUGAGGAGUCGGGCUCAGGGGGACCGUCACUCUCAGGAACGCGGGCUCCGGCUCAGGCCCUGGCCCUGCACAGCCGCCCAGCGCGCACCCGCGUCCCGCCGCGCCGCUCGCCGCCCGGUUGCCGUGGGAACCACCGAGCGCGGUUGCGGCUGCGCCUGCAGACCAGCCUGCGCCUGAGGAGCGAGAGACCCCGAGGCCCAGGCAUGGAGCUGCCGGAUUCAGUUCGUCAGCGGCUGGGGAAUUUCAGCCGGACCGUGUUCAGAGACUCCAACCGGACCGGGCCGGAAUACGAUGAGUGUCCGGAUAAUGAGAUGGUCUCCAGUUUGGCAUUGCAGAUGUCACUUUAUUUUAACACUUACUUUUUCCCACUUUGGUGGGUAAGCUGCCUUAUGAUGCUUCAGAUGAAGUAUUCAGUUUUGCCUGAUUACUACAAAUUUAUUGUGAUCACGAUUAUCAUCCUAAUAACCUUAAUUGAAGCCAUUCGAUUGUAUCUGGGCUACAUGGGUAACCUACAGGAAAAGGUUCCUGAAUUGGCUGGAUUUUGGCUUUUGAGCCUUCUAUUGCAAUUGCCUUUAAUUCUUUUCUUGCUCUUAAAUGAAGGCCUAACAAAUCUGCCUCUGGAAAAAGCGAUACAUAUCAUCUUCACCAUCUUCCUAACUUUCCAAGUUAUUGCAGCAUUUCUUACCUUGAAGAAAAUGGUCAAUCAGUUGGCAGUUCGUUUCCACCUCCAAGAAUUUGACCGUCUGUCUGCAAACAGAGAUGUGACAAGAAUGAGGUCAUGUAUAGAAGAGAUCUGAUCCAGUUCUUUUUAGUGAAAAAUCUGAAAGAUUAUUCUAGAAGACUGCAAAAGUUCGGAAAAUAACAGAAGUCUAAGAUGAGAACAGGUACAAAGAAAGUGUUUUGAAUUGUAUACUGUCCUCCCUAGAUCUGAAAUUUCAAGGUUACAGACAAUAAGACUUUGUACAGUACCCGAAAGCAGUAUAUUAAUCCUAAAUCCUAGAUGUUAUCCUCCUGAUGCCAAAUUUCUUAUAUCUUUUUGUGUUGUUGACUCUUCAGGUGUGUAGAAAUUUAUAUGUUUUGGCUCAGCAUUGGUAGCACAGUGGUUACAGCGCCAGUCACAUACACCGAAGAUGGCAGGUUCAAACCUGGCCUGGGCCAGCUAAACAACAGUGACAACUGCAACAAAAAAUAGCCAGGCAUUGUGGCGGGCAACUAUAGUCCCAGCUACUUGGGAGCCUGAGGCAGCAGAACCACUUAAGCCCUAGAGUUUGAGGUUGCUGUGGGCUAUGGCGCCACGCCACUCUACCAAGGGCGACACCUUAAGACUCUUGUCUCAAAAAAAAAAGAAAAGAAAAGAAAUUUAUCUGUUUGUUGUUUACUAACUAGCUUUACUGUGAUAUUUGUAGUUAGGAUCUGUAACGAGAAAUGUGUACAUUUCUUUUAAAUUCGGUUAACUAUUCUUUGGCUGCAUAUAUGACCAUGUUUCUUGAAGCACCUGGAAAUGCUUAUCAGUAUUCUUAUGUGUUAGAUUAUCUUUAUAAAUCAGAAAACCAAAUUUUCAUGUCUGCUAGGGUUAAAUUCUAACCCUAAUCUUAGCUGUUAUACCAAGGUAAAGAAGAAGACAGGUGGAUUAUCAUGGUAUUUCGGAAAGAUUUCUGUCAUAAAAUUGUAACUUUUGUAAAACCAUGUUCAGUACUUGUGGUGGUGUGUAAAAUAUUUUUACAAUAAAUUAUUAAAUAUUUAUGUUAAAGUAUUAGCAACACAUCAUCCUGUCUUAUGUAGUUCUUUUGGGUUAUGGGUUUGUUGUUUUUAUUGCAGAGUUGCAAGGGAAGGAAGGAGAACAAAAAAAAUAUUAGGCUUCUGUAUAGGGGGCACUCUAGUAGGCACAUUAAGUUAGUCCUCGUGAUCUCAUCCACUAGAUUAUUGUUCAUUAAAAAACUGCUUUGUACCCAUUAAGUUCAUGUGAGGAUUGAUUGGGAAAUCAGAGUGCCUAUCAAUAUAUAUGAAAGCUAGGACGACCAAGGGAAUAUUCUGAAGAUCCUAAAUGAACAAGUUCCCUUGUUAAUAAGACAAACCUAUUUAAGGAAAUUUAAUAAGAAUAAAGUUGCUUGAGUGAACAUUAUCUUAAAGUGAUUAUUGGAUUGUCUUAAGCGAAAUAUUAUUUUUAUUACAGGUUUUCUUGGGUUGUCUUAGGGGAUAUAAUAUUUUUAUUACAGGUUUUCUUUUCUGUAGAGAAAUACAUCUUUAUGAGUAAUAUGUUUUACUGAGGGACUGUUGUAGCUACA